AAACACACAGACACACAACCAGCCGCAGCUCAGCACACACACAGACACAGACACAGACAUGGACUACUCCGGGAAGGAGAAAGAAGCGAUGGCUCUGAUCGCCGAAGCGGACAAGAAAUCUCACACCACAGGCUCGUUCUUCGGGACAUUCUUUGGGAGUUCCUCCAAAGCCGAGGAGGCUUGUGAUUUGUACGUAAGGGCUGCUAAUAUGUUCAAGAUGGCAAAGAACUGGAAUGCGGCUGGAGAUGCAUUUUGCAAAUCUGCCAAACUGCAGCUACAAAUGCAGAGCAAACACAAUGCUGCCGUUAACUUCAUUGAUGCUGGCAAUGCUUACAAAAAAGCAGAUCCUCAAGAGGCCAUCAAGUGUCUCUGCAGAGCUAUUGAUAUCUACACAGAUAUGGGACGUUUCAACAUUGCAGCAAAACACCACAUGGCCAUAGCCGAAAUCUAUGAAUCUGACCUGCUGGACUUUGAUAAAGCAGUCAUCCACUACGAGCAGGCCGCAGAUUAUUACAAAGCUGAGGAGUCAACCAGUUGUGCCAAUAAGUGCUUUCUCAAAGUGGCUACAUAUGCUGCACAGUUGGAGCAGUACCAGAAAGCCAUAGAAAUAUAUGAGCAGAUUGGAACAUAUUCUAUGGAUCACACCUUGCUGAAGUAUGGAGCUAAGGACCAUUUCUUCAAAGCAGCACUGUGUCACUUCUGUGUAGAUAUGCUAAAUGCCCAGUUGGCUGUGCAGAAAUACGAGGAGAUGUUUCCUGCCUUUUCAGAUGCCAGGGAGUGCAAACUCGUAAAGAAACUUCUAGCUGCACACGAGCAACAGGAUGUGGAUGCAUUUACUGAUGCAGUGAAGGAGUUUGACUCAAUCACAAGGCUGGACCAGUGGCAGACCAGCAUGUUACUGCGAAUUAAGAAGACUAUUCAGGACGAGGAGAGUGACCUCCGCUAACAUUCUACAAAGAUUCAGUGCCCUUCAUUGAAUUCCUAUGCACAUUUACACAACCUCACCAUAUUCCUUUCAGCUCUCAACUCAUUCCUCAGCCUCUAUUUUCUUUUAUUUGGUGUAAUGAACUGAUUACAGUGGCCAAGUUGUUCUUGUUUAUGUUUCAGAUCUAGAUUUAAGUACAAAGCUCUUUGAUUCCAAAGAUCACUGUGACGUUGUGUAGAAUUGCACUGGUUAGUAUUUAGUGUACAAAUAUUGAUCUAGUUUAUUGAAAAAAUGUACUGCUUCAUUAGCACUUACUAAUAAUUAUUGAAGAAUAUGUGUAAAUUAAUCUGUACAAUUUUAUAACUGUUUUAUUUUUCCUGCCAAAAUCUGAAAUUGCACUAAUUGCUGUUUUCCUCCAUUGAGGAAAUUGGCACGGUUUCUUUUAUUGUGAAUAAUUCAUUUUAAAAGUGAUGACAUAUUUAACAAAUUCCAUACAUUUACUAUUUAUUGUGGCAUUUCUGUGUCUGUAGGGAAACUAAAUCAAAAAUGUAUAUUAGAUGUUUUUUGGGGGGGGAACAGACCAUUUUGUUUAACAAAUAUGUUACACUAAAUUUGUGCAAUUCAGUUAAAUUAUUAUAUUAUACUUAAAUAUUUAUUUUUUUUGUUAAUCUGUUAGUUACUGAUGUUGGCUUUUUAUUAAGAAUCCAGAGAACAGUAUUAUAAGGAUGUUAUCCAUCCUUGCUUUGCCAUGUACAAAGCUGGAUUAUUUCACAUUGUUAUGCAUUGUGGUGAAUUUACUUCCGGCAUUUUUGUUGAUACUUGUUCAAUUUCCUCAUGGUUCCUCUCAGUUGCAUCACAAUAGUCCGUUAGUGAUUCAGCUUUAAGCCAUAAUAAUAUUUCUAGUUUUAGAACAGUUUAGAUUUAGAGAAUAUUGGUUUAUUCUGUUCAUCAGAAUUUCUCUGAUACGUUGGAUGUUUGCAGUGUAAUCAGGUCUUUUAGCUUACCUGAGCAUGCAAUGAAAUGGAAAGAUGAUCUUAAAACAAGUUCCCUAAAGUGAACCCUAUUGUCUGUUUAUGACUGUGUUUAAUGCAGAAGCUUGUGAUCUAAUAAACAGGGCAUGUGUUUACUCCCAUUUCCCUCAAUGAUAAAACUUUAAAAAAUAAAUAAAUAAAGGAUAUAACUCAGA